AUGCCCUCCCCCCCUGCCACCAUGGAAGUUGAGCGUAUCAACGGCUCCGGUGUUGUUCAUGUCCUUCCCAGACGCCGAGUCGGCAAAGUCUGGCAAGCUGGACCAACUGUUACUCUCAACGCUCAAGGAGUGACCAGCUUGUUCGUCAUGCGCCAAUCCGAUGCAGCGAAGUUUCUUGGAAUUUCACUCACCAGCCUGAAAUCUGCAUGCCGACAGCUCGGUGUUACGAAAUGGCCUUACUCAAGACGGAGAAUGCUUGAUGGCAACAACAUGGAUGGCACAAAGAAAGACGACUCGAAGACUGAUGACGAGGAUGAGGACUCUGGUGCCGAAGAAGCCGAGGAAAUGUCUGAGCCCAUCACGGCGUACGAUUCGCUGUUCAUGGAAGCACUUGCACAUGUUGAGGGCAAGAAGCUGUAA